AUGUUGGUUAUGGGAGUUGUCGAAGGAGGUUCGGGCAGCGUACUCAGCGCGUGUGGUGGUCGGGCCUGGUGGAGAAAGAGGUUUGUUGAGAUAUGGUUUGAAGCAGCAGAGCAAGGCAAUCUUCCAAGUCUGCCUCAUUCCACGAGAUGUUGCCCGACAAAAUUGGGAGACGAGAAAGUCAGCUGCCCAACAUACUCUGUACAGUUUGCAGAGUUGAAGUUGACUAAUCACAAUCACACGCGGCUACCAAUAUUAUGUAGGAUCCAUGUUCAUGCUGUCCAACCUCGGGCAGUUUUUGUAUUGGCAGCGCCUCUCACUGCAGUUUCUGAGACACAUGUCAGCUCGGUGUAA